AUGCACGCCCAUCACCAUCCCUACACAACCCUCCUCACCCAUCUAAAGGCCCAUCUCCCACAAUCAGGCCCCCUCCUCCGCCGCAUUCAGCACCAGGCCACUCACCCCUCACCCACAGCCCAAGUCCUCGCUUCGUUCCCUCCAGGGUCAGAGCCAGAGACCAAGACUGGGACUGAGACUCCAUGGCUAGCAGCAUACGCAGACGUCCAUAGAGGCCUGGAUACGCAAGUCUGGGUCUUUUCAACCCUCGAAACAAAGUCCAACUCCAACUCCGCGUCAGCAUCAGCGUCGGAGCCAACUCACCAUAACAAUCACAACAACGCACCGAUCUCCACCCAAGAAAAAGAAACAACAAAAUACCAACUGCUGUCUUUAUUUACGCACAUCCGCACCAAGCUCGUCCCGCCCUACAUCGCCUGGGUGUCCUCCCAACCACCCGCCCUAGUCGCACACCUAAACCCAGAGAAAGCAAGGGACGAAGGCGUGAAGAAGAUCCCACCACACCCCAAAACAUCCGUCUUGCUAGGCUCAGUGCACAAGACCGUCGUCGAACUGAUCUGCGAACUUGCAAGUGAGACACUGCCAACGAAGCCGAGUGCAAAUCCAAGUCCAAGUCCCGGUCCAGAAAGUUCAAGACCAGGGGUGCGUAUCCACCGCGGCCAAAACGUCUUCUACGCCAAGUACUGUUUCCCCUCGUCAUCGUUUAAUGAUGACAUCAACAGCGAUGGUCCAGAAAAGGGGAGCUUAGUUGGAAAGGGGUCUGGGCCUGGGCCUGGGUACACGUUCACCGACUCCACUGGCGUCUCAGGGAUCCAGGAGAAACACCUUGACCUGGUGAAGAACCGCACUAAUAUCCCGCGCUCGAAGCAGGCGUUGAUGGCCAUGGGUGGUGUGGCGUUGUAUUACCGGCCUGGUGGUGAUGGUGAUGUUUAUGAUGAUGGUGAUGGCUUACCUGCAUCCUCCCCACCCGUUGCUACGGCUUCUGGCGCAGGUGUAGGAGCAGGUGCAGAUGGGGAAGGGGAAGGGGAGAUGCCGAUUGGAUGGGCAUUCCUGGGGUUCGACGGGAGUCUUUGCACGCUGCACGUUGAGCCGGAGCAUCGCGGCAAGGGCUUGGGAGGGGUUGUUGGGAAGGAGGUGAUGAAGAGAGGGGUCGAUGUUUUUGAACCUUCUGCGCGUCAUAAUCACGGUGGCCUCGGCGGGGGACAGGAGGAGUGGUUCUUUGCGGAUGUAGCUGUGGAUAAUGUCGCCAGUCGGCGGGUGAUGGAGAAGAUGGGGGGUGAGAUUGGGUGGUAUGUUGCGUGGAUGGUUGUUGAGGCGGAUAUCUGA